CUCUAUGCCAUAUUGGAAGAACAACCGCCUCGAUUUUAUAUCAAUAAAUUCCAUUUGUCGCAAGACGAAAGUACUGAGAUUAAUCCAAUCGUCAAAGAUCCCAAUCUUGGAGAUUCGCUAUGGACAUUGAGUCAACAACUAAGUCAUUACGACCGGUUCCGUCAUUUCGACUAGAUCAGCUAAUUCCUAGAGUAUGGACCGAUGAGGUCAAUGGGCUACGCAAAGAGCUGAUAGAUUUUUCUUCUUUCGUAUCUAUGAAAAAACCUUCUGACCUUUCGCGUUGCCUCGUAAUUAUUAGUAACAUAUCCCACUUUGAUGAUCUGGCAUCUAAUAUCCUCACAGCAACAAGCCCAACUAACGAACAGUGGAUUUCAAUUGGACGUUCAACAACCCCUGUUGACUAUUAUGUAGAACUUUUACUCAUGCAAAUGCUUACUAACGAAGAAAGCAAAUGUUUUAUUUCCUGUAAAACCAGGUCAAUAGAGUUCAAUAUGAAACUAAUACAAAUAGAUGACGGUGGCUAUUACUUUCAACAAACACCGGAAAAAUUGCUUAAUCUUGCUCGUCAGUACAAAGAAAACGGCGUUAUUAUGUUUCCUAAGUAUCCUCUUUUUGCACAUCGUUACUUUAGUCGAGCAGCUAAAUGCUUACUUUCCUGUGCGCCGUUAGAGGACCUAGACCCGAGCCGCGAAGGCGUUGAAACGAUUCGUGAAAUGCAACUUCUGUUGGAAACAUUAUACCUAAAUAUCUCAGCUUGUCUCAUCAAACAAAACCGCUAUGAGGAUGUUCUCUCUGUACUCGAAUAUCACGAUCAGCGCGAAAAGCCUUCGGAAAAAGCAGUUUACCGCAAGGCACUGGCACAGUUUCAUCUCAAGCGGUUCGAACAAGCAUUGCAAACAUUACAACGGAUCAACUACUCUGGAAUUACAGAAUGUGCAACGCUUUACGAAAAAAUACGGAUAGCGUGGAAGGAGGAAACAAAUCAGUACAAUUCUAUGGUCAAAAAAAUGUUUGGUUAGUUUUAGUGUAAGUUUUUGAGUGUGUAGCGUAACCCAUCACUGUAGAAUAUAAGCGUAAAAUGAUAAUUUACAAAUACAAUAGAAUUAAUCUAAUUUUUUUCUCUACAUUUAAGUACAGUAUAAUUAGUUUUUUUCUCAUUUCUACAGUUCGUAAAUGAUAAAGCAAUAUUCAAAUA